CCGCCGAUGUUCUCCAUCGCGAUUCAGUUGGAGUUUUGCUGGCCAUCAGCGCGGUUGUAUCUUUGCUGGAGCUCCUGCGCACCAUCCCAUCCGAUCCAAUCCCGAAGAGCUCUCUCGCUUUUGCUAGUGCAGCAAUUUGCAAUUUUAAUUAUCUGCAGGCGGUUCGACCAGAAACUGAAAGACACAGCAAAAUGGGCCAAGCAAAGAAAGUCUCCUCCGCACUGAGCAAGCUCUUCGUGUACGGCGCCCUCAAGUACGGACAGCCCAGCAACUCAAUCCUGGCCAGCUCCGGCAACGGCUUCGCUAAGUUCUGGUGCAAGGCCACCACCACUCAGAAGCUGCCCCUAGUGAUCGCCACCCGCUACAACAUUCCCUUCCUGCUGAACAAGCCCGGAGUGGGCUAUUACGUAACCGGGGAGAUCUACGAGGUGGACAACCGGAUGCUCAAUUCCCUGGACAACCUGGAGGAUUGCGAGGAAAUAUACACUCGCGAGAUGCACGACAUGAACAUUGGCGUGGGAGAAGGAACCGUUCCCUGCUGGGUGUACCUGCUGCAGAAGUACCCGGAGAACCUGCUUAGUUUGCGCUACUUGUCCAGCUACGAAAACUCAACCACCCAUCCAUACAUUAUGCGCCAUCGCCGCACCCACAAGCAUCCGGCCCAGGACGACCUCACCUACGAGGCCCAGAACUAAAAGCCUAGAUUGUGGUGUCGCCCGUUUCCUUGGAUGUGCUCUGGAUGGCCUGGCCACUAAUCUUAUGUUACCGUAGUUGCAUUUUAAGGCCGUACAUGCAGACACGAUGUACUGAUCGAUAUAUACGCGUCUAUAUUGGCAAUGAUAUACACUGAUACAUAUGUACCAUACGCAUUAUUUAGGUUUUAGCGAACGUAGUCUGUAAUUUGAUAGUUUUCGACAAACAAAGCAAAUAAACUGAAGCAAUUCGAAGUAA